CGAGAAGCGAUUAUUUAGCACUUGGAGACUGCCCUCGACUCAGCGGUUAUCGACUAUAACCCACAAGCUGCUCUUUUUCUUGACAUAAAGGUUGUGUGAAGACAAGGACAUGUCUCUGGUGUUGAUUCUUUUAUUUGUGAGCCAAACUUUAGCAGCAUCUCGCCUCUCGGAGAACGAGCUGUGCUUGUCAGAGCUCUCUCAGCUUAAUGACACCAUCAAAAACCUGCAGAACAAGCUGUUCAUCGGUGAGUGGCAGCUGUUGAACCUGCGACAGUACAAGUACUUUUUUGUGGACAACCAUUGGCCCAGACACAACAAGAGCCUCCAGGGGCCAACCCUACUGCCCACCACAGGAGGAAAUCUUAUUGUGUAUGACCAGGACUGCUCAAUGCUGUAUGACAGACAAAAAGUGCCUAGUGGGUUCUACCGGAUCAAGCCCAAACUGGUGGCAGAGCCUUUCCUUGUGUACUGUGACAUGACAGAUGGGGCCGGGUGGACAGUGUUCCAGCAGAGACGGAGUGGAAGAGUGGAUUUCAACCGAGAAUGGAGUGAUUACAAAGAAGGAUUUGGGCAUUUUAAAAGAAGUAAUGAUGAAUACUGGCUGGGGAAUGAACAUAUUUACUCUCUUCUCUUGGGUGGUGACAAUCUAGUGAAGAUAGAACUGAUGGACUGGAAAGGAGAGAAGAAGCAUGCAUACUAUGAAAACUUUCAAAUAGCAGAUGAAAAGAAUAACUACCAGCUGAGGUUUGGGCUGUACAGUGGGACUGCUGGCGAUGCGCUGUCCGGGGGAGGUGGUGUGGAGCAACAGUGGUCAGCCUCACACAAUGCCAUGCUGUUCAGCACCAAGGACAGAGAUAAUGACCGCUUCCUGCAGGGCAGCUGUGCCAAGGAAAACAAGGGAGGAUGGUGGUACAACAGGUGCCAUGCAGCCAACCUGAAUGGAAAGUACUACAGGGGAGGCGAGUACAGAGGAAAGUACGACAAUGGGGUGGUGUGGAUGACAUGGAGCGGCCUCUGGUACUCCCUCCGGCAUACUACCAUGAAGGUCAGGCCACUGGUCUUUAUGGACAGCUGGGGGAGCGGUGAGGGAGGGCUGGUAUAGGUUAGCAAUAAGAGUCCCCUUUCAUCCAGGACUCCAGGCCUCUCUAGGCCCUGCCAUUCUCUUCCCUGCCGGUGGAGACCAGAGUUCUAGAGCAAUACAGAGAUCCUCUGAUUGGUUGAAUUCAGGGAAUGAUUUAAUUCCAACAGUCAUUUCUGUGCGCUGCUGAUUUUUUUCUUUCUCAGCGGGAACUGUGACAAGUAGGAGAAUACCAAUGUUAUGCUUUUUUCCAUAGUUAAACACUUAAAAUUAAAUGUACCCACAUUAUUCUGUACCUUAACUAUAUCAGGUUAACUAAAUAAACCUGUCUUUUUGUCAUAAUUAAGCUACCAAUACUUAAUUUCAUUCUAUUCCUUCCCUUCUUGUUUGUCUUUCACCUUUGGACGGUUUACAAAACUGGGACUAGAUAGCAGUU